GCAACAGCGGAAGUGGAAGGGCCGCGGCCUGCCUCGGAGGGAGACCGGACGGGACCGGGAGGCGCCGCCGUUGCUACCGCCCAGCGCAGCCCCGCCGAGCCGCCAUGAGUGACCAGCAGCUGGAUUGUGCCUUGGAUUUGAUGAGGCGUCUGCCUCCGCAGCAGAUAGAGAAGAAUCUCAGUGACCUCAUUGACUUGGUCCCAAGCCUCUGUGAAGAUCUCCUCUCCUCUGUUGAUCAGCCAUUGAAGAUUGCGCGAGAUAAGGUGGUAGGAAAAGACUAUCUAUUGUGUGACUACAACAGAGAUGGAGACUCAUAUAGAUCACCAUGGAGUAACAAAUACGAUCCUCCCCUGGAAGACGGUGCCAUGCCAUCUGCUCGCCUGCGCAAGCUGGAGGUGGAAGCCAACAAUGCCUUUGACCAGUACAGAGACUUGUAUUUUGAAGGUGGAGUCUCCUCUGUCUACCUCUGGGAUCUGGAUCAUGGUUUUGCCGGGGUGAUCCUCAUUAAGAAAGCUGGAGAUGGAUCAAAGAAGAUUAAGGGAUGCUGGGAUUCCAUCCACGUGGUGGAGGUUCAGGAGAAAUCCAGUGGUCGCACUGCUCAUUACAAGCUGACCUCCACAGUGAUGCUGUGGCUGCAGACUAAUAAAACUGGUUCUGGUACCAUGAACCUUGGAGGGAGCCUUACCAGACAGAUGGAGAAAGAUGAGACUGUGAGUGACUCCUCUCCGCACAUAGCCAAUAUCGGACGCUUGGUAGAGGACAUGGAAAACAAAAUCAGAAGUACACUGAACGAGAUCUAUUUUGGUAAAACAAAGGACAUCGUUAAUGGGCUGAGAUCUAUUGACGCUAUCCCCGACAACCAAAAGUAUAAGCAGUUGCAGAGGGAGCUUUCUCAAGUGUUGACCCAGCGCCAGAUCUACAUCCAGCCUGAUAACUAAACCAAUCCAGGUCUGUGCAGACUUUCGCAGACAAAUCAAAACAAGAAGCUCUUAAAAACGACCUGGUGGAGGCUUUGAAGAGAAAGCAGCAAAGUUAAAAUACUCUUCAUGCUAACAAGACAUGCCAUGCACUCGUUAGAUUCCUUUCUUAGAAAACUCAUCCCCCCCUCUUCCCCUUUUCUGUUACGUCACAUCACAAUUUGCAUUCAGUACUAUCCAUGCAACGCCAUCUUCUCCCCAUGAAUAAAGCUGUACAAACUUU